UACUUUCCAACUUCUGCACUGAAUUACUUUAUUAGUUUAAGCCAAAUGACGUAUAAAACCAUGAGGUGCUCCGUCUUAUUGGUCUAGGGCAGACACAUUCUGGCCCAUCAAGUUAAAAUCCUGGCGGGUAUUAUUUAUUUAUUUAUUUAAAGUAUUCUACUGCAUAAAAAUAUUAAUUAUUUAAAAAAAUGAAAAGUUAGGCGUCAGUAAACAGACAUCCGACAUCCAAAACUCUUCAAGAAAACUGAAAACAAGACUAACAACAACCAGUUUGGGCUCUCCCUCGUCCCGUCCUGGCUGCGUGAAGAGAGAGCAACUCAGUCUAAUGAACACACACGGUUAACAAAUGGAUUAUAGGAUGGAUGGAUUCUUGGACCAGCAAGUGCCUUACAUUUUUGCAAAUAGAUCGCAAGGAAAUGGACCAGUAAACGGGCCUUUGACGGCUAUGAAAAGGAAAUACAUGGACACCGAAUUGCCUCCUCAGGAAUCUGAAGAUCUUUUCCAGGAUUUAAGCCAACUCCAGGAGACUUGGCUCACAGAAGCUCAGGUUCCAGACAGCGAUGAGCAAUUUGUACCCGACUUUCAUUCAGAGAACUUAGCUUUCCACAGCCCUCUGGUGAAGAUUAAAAAAGAGCCCCAUAGCCCAGAUCCCUCUCAGUCCUGCAGCCACAAACAAACCUUCACGUAUCCCAAUGGAGAGCAGUGCCUUUACGCCAGUGCCUAUGACCAGAAGAUACCUGUUGGAGACAAGUCCUCCAAUCCAAGGACCCCAUUGUCUCCUCUCCAGCAUUACUCCCCCAAACCCAACCUGAACCCCAGACAGGAGCAGCAGGGCUACCUGAACCCCCAGAACCACUCACAGCCCAUCCACAACCACGGCUACCACAUUGACCACAGCCCCAGGUACCCACAACACUCAGGGGAGAUGUGCCACUCUUUUCCUUCUCAGAGUGUGUCUCGCGAGCCCUCCGCAGCGCUAGGGGGGUACCAGCAGCAGAUGUCCGAGCCUUGCAUGCCCUACAUGCAGCAGCACCACUUCAAACAGGAGUACCAUGACCCCCUCUACGUCCAGACUAGCCAUAUGGGAGGCAGCAACCCCCAGAGACACACGCCUCAGCACAUGGUCAUCAAACAGGAGCCCACUGACUACCAAUACGAGCCUGAUGUGGCCAGCUGCCCAUCAGUGUACAUGCACAAUGAGGGCUACCCCAAUCCACUACACAACACAGAAGGCUAUUCCUAUGACAAAGAGAUGCUGUCAUUUAGUGAUGAUGCCCGUGUUGUUCCUGAGAAAUUCGAAGGUCAGGUGAAGCAGGAAAUGGGCGGCGUGUUCCGCGAGGGCCCCCCCUAUCAGCGGCGUGGCUCACUGCAGCUCUGGCAGUUCCUGGUAGCCCUGCUGGAUGACCCGGGCAAUGCCCGCUACAUCGCCUGGACCGGCCGUGGCAUGGAGUUCAAGCUCAUAGAGCCUGAGGAGGUGGCCAGACUGUGGGGCAUGCAGAAGAAUCGGCCUGCCAUGAACUAUGACAAGCUCAGCCGUUCACUGCGCUACUACUACGAGAAGGGCAUCAUGCAGAAGGUGGCUGGAGAACGCUACGUCUACAAGUUUGUCUGUGAACCAGAAGCCCUCAUUUCCCUGGCCUUCCCUGACAGUCAACGCCCCAACUUGAAGUCUGAGUUUGACCGGCACGUCAAUGAAGAGGACACUGUCCCCCUGUCCCACCUGGACGAGAAUGCGGCCUACAUCCCAGACCCGAACGCUCAGCAUUACUCGAAAGGCUGCAUGUACUAGCGCCUGCACAGUCCAAACACAUACUCCUCCGUGUAUAUAUGGUUAUGGUGGUUUUGUUUAAAUGAGUCCUUUUUAGGGACUUUAGGUUUUAAAGCUGCUGUGUCCUUGCCUCUGAGGUUUAGUUUAUCCCAGUGAUACUCAACUCUGGCCCUCGAGUUCCAAUCCAGUCCAGGUUUUUACUCCAAGCAAGUUCUAAUGCAGUUAGUUGAAGCUGCUAAGAGGCAAUUAACUAAUUUAGGACAUGGUUGGAAUAAAGACCAGGACUGGCAUUGAUCUCGAUGGCCAAAGUCAAGUACCACUGGUCUAUCCAAACACAUUUAAAGUGUGAGCUGAUUGCAUAAUAAAAGCAAAUGUUAUUACUAACAAGCACUGGUUAUUCUUCCAUCAAUACAUUGAAACUUAUUGGGAAACCAUGUUUUUAGUUUUUUGUACUGUUACCUUGUUUUUUGCGAUCAGUCUGAGUAGUUCGCAUUUCAUUUACUGAAAUAUUGUGUUAUUUUUUUCUUUGUGGUAAAGGAUUCCGAAACAAGCAAACAUAAUUUGUUGUUUUUUAAAUCCUUAACUAUGGACAUUUUUAGUUUGAUACAGGGAGUAUGGUUAAACUUCCGUCAAAACCGCAGUUAAAUGUGCUAUUUUAGUACAAAAAACACGGUUUAGGAAUAUUCAUAAAUAUCGAGUCUCGUUUUUGAUGCCACUUAUCAUGUGCUCACCUAACUAGCUCAUUAAUGAUCUAGACAAUUGAUUGAACCCCAAGACAGCAUGCUUCUUCGGUACCCUUGAAGGAGAUUUCACCCGUGUUCAGGUGCUGCUCUUCAGCUCUGGUUCCUGUUACACAUGUGCAACGCAAGCUAGAUCUUUGUCUUCAAAGGGCAGCCAGCACCAUCUAGUGAUCUGUAACUUUGGCUCAAGUUUCCUUUUGUUUUACUGUUAAUAAACCACAGUUCUAGGUAAAGAAACUGACCUAGCCUACAUUUACAUGUGUACAACAGCAACUAACACAGACGUAUCAAAAAAAGACAUCACAGAAAUACAAGGGAACCGUACAAAAAAAAAAAAAAGUCAUUUGAACGUUUUUUCUGUAUAACAGUACAAUUGUUUUGCUUUUCAAAAUUUUAUUUUCAUUUUGACUGUGGCAAGCCCAUUUGUCCUGCCAAAACACUAUGUGUUUGUGGGCAGUUCUACCAUCCCCAUUCACUUCCUAUGUAACAGGUUACACGUGCUGUGUUAAAAUAUGAUUUUUUUAGUGCCUUCAUUUGGGGGGAGCCAUGUUCUGCACCUUCAGUAAAAUGUGUUCUGCUUUUUCGUAAUUUGUUUUUAAAGCUUUGUUGUACUUUUUAAUGUUCAAACUUGCUUUAUGUAGCACAUGCUAAGACUAUCAAGUUUAAAGGCACUAGUUCUGCCAGGCAGCUCUAUACAAGCUAAUGUAUUAUUAGAUACUGCAUAGAUUAAGGCAAAGUAAAAUACACUUUUCAAUUCAAGUACUGUUAUACCGUGUUCCUUUGAGGGUUGGGGUAUGUGAACAUACUGUGUAUUCUGAAUAUUUGUGUUUCUAGAUACCUGUUCAGACCAAGCAUCAUUCAGAUAAGAAAUCAUAUGCAGAAUACAGUCAAAUAACAAAUACUAAAAUACACCAGGGAGUAUAGUAUCUCAGAUAUGAGAUCACAGGUUAAGACCUUCAAUGGCAUCAACUCUAAGAUCAUGUGUUUAAUGUAGGAUAAAUCUGUGUAUGAUAUUACGAUGUUUAUAAAUGUAUGUAAGCUAUAGUAUCAUACUAUUGUUAAACGAAACAGUUUAUAUACUAACUGAAUUUUAACCCAAGGUAAGGUGGUAUUUCUGUAAUCAGUCCAGUAUAAGAAUCAAACUCAAUGUUUCAGGGGUGUAGAAGUGACAGACGUACACCCCCUAGUGGUCAUCUUUAUACAGGCCUCCAUGACAAAUGCCACCUUGCUCAGAAAUAUGGUGUUGGUUUUAUUAAACGUACCAAGUAUCCAUGCUGAACCUGUAAUUAACAAUGAUUAAAAACACAUACGAUGGGAUAAUAAACAGAAAACAAAAUAAAUAUUAUGCAAAUCCA